AUGAGUUUAGAAAAUGACGAUAAGAGAGCACGCACGCGAUCGAAGUCUAUCAGAGUGCCCACGGAGCUCAUCGGCCAGGAGGUGAGCUGUCCUACCCCAGGCUGUAAUGGCUCAGGACACAUCCGUGGGAAGUAUGCGAGGCACAGAAGCCUACAAAGCUGCCCUCUAGCAAAGAAGAGGAAACUUCAGGAUGCGGAGGCCGAACACCUGGUGUCGAAGCGAAAAUCCCACCCGCUCAAGCUGGCCUUGGACGAAGGCUACAACGUCGACAGCGACGGCAGCGAGGAGGCCGAGGCGAAGGAGUCUGGCUCCGAUGAGUCGGAGGGGACGCUGGAGGAGGACGAGGCGGAGGCGGUGGAGCAGGAGGAGACCCGCAGCCCCGAGCCAGCAGAAGGUAGAAGCCCAGCAAAAUCAACCCAUUAUGGACAAAAACCAGCAACAAGCACAUCUGGGCCCAGCAAGGCCAACUAUAGCAGCUAUCAAGAAAUAAUCGCCAACUCUCUCCUAAACCUAGGCCAAAUAGCGGAGGAAACCCUCGCCAUCGAAGGGCAGCUGCCCGAAGCAGAGCUGCAGGUCUCCAAGCCGCCGUCCAACGUUGUGCACCUGGUCCACGAGGACGCGGGAGAGGAGAUGGUGGAGGAGUGCGACAAGGAGAUCAUCAUCCAGACGGAGGACGCGGAGGAAGUCAUUGAGGUCACCAGCGAACGCAGCAGCAGCGAGUUGUGUCCAGAGCACCGGGAUGACGCCAGCUGCGAGGAGGCCUGCAAACUGCCCAAGGCCAUGCAGGCUGAAGGAGAGGAGGAGGAGGAGGAGGAGGAUGAGGAGGAGGAGGAUGAAGAUGAGGAGGAGGAGGAGGAGGAAGAAGAGGAAGAGGAGGAGGAGGAGGAAGAGGAGGAGGAGGAGGAGGAAGAGAUGGCUCCCGAAGUGAUCUGUGAAGAAGCUCCUCACACUUCUCAGGAUGCCCAGAAAAGCCACUGUGAAGGGCAGUUCAGCCCAAAGCCCGAAUACUCGGUCAUCGUGGAGGUCCGCUCGGACGACGACAAAGACGAUGACGCCCGCUCCCAGAAGUCAGCCGUGACCGACGAGUCGGAGAUGUACGACAUGAUGACGAGGGGGAACCUGGGGCUGCUGGAGCAAGCCAUCGCGCUGAAGGCCGAGCAGGUGAAAAUCGUGAGGGAACCCAGCCGGCUGCCGGGAGAGCACGUAAAGCACUUCCAGGUGGACGAGAAACAGAGCAAACCACUGGACAGCAUCCGAAAGAGCUACUAUGGCAAAGAUCCCUCGAGACCCGAGAAGAGAGAAAUCAAAUGUCCAACGCCUGGUUGUGAUGGGACUGGCCACGUCACGGGACUCUACCCUCACCAUCGCAGCCUCUCUGGUUGUCCGCACAAAGACAGGAUCCCCCCUGAGAUUUUGGCGAUGCACGAGAACGUGUUGAAAUGCCCCACGCCAGGCUGCACAGGACAGGGUCACGUCAACAGCAACCGCAACACGCACAGGAGUUUAUCUGGGUGCCCCAUUGCUGCUGCUGAAAAAUUAGCCAAAUCACAUGAAAAGCAACAAACCCAGUCUGGUGACCCUUCGAAGACCAGCUCCAAUUCUGACCGGAUACUCAGGCCUAUGUGCUUUGUGAAGCAACUGGAGAUCCCUCAGUACGGAAGCUACCGGCCCAACAUGGUCCCAGCCACCCCCCGGGCCAACCUGGCCAAGGAGCUGGAGAAGUACUCCAAGGUCACCUUCGAUUAUGCAAGUUUUGAUGCUCAGGUUUUUGGCAAACGCAUGCUUGCCCCAAAGAUUCAGACUAGCGAAACCUCACCUAAAGCCUUUAAAUGCUUCGACUACUCCCACGACGCCGAGGCCGCGCACAUGGCCGCCACCGCCAUCCUCAACCUCUCCACCCGCUGCUGGGAAAUGCCUGAGAACCUCAGCACCAAGCAGCAGGAGGCCCCCGGCAAGUCCAUGGACAUUGAGGUGGAUGAAAAUGGGACUCUGGACUUGAGUAUGAACAAGCACCGCAAGCGGGAGAGCACCUUUCCCAGCAGCAGCAGCUGCAGCAGCAGUCCCAGCAUGAAGUCCCCAGACGUGUCCCAGCGCCAAAACAGCACCAGUGCCACGAGCAGCACCAUGACCUCCCCCCAGUCCAGCCAGACCUCCCGCCAGGAUGAAUGGGAUGGGCCCAUCGACUACACCAAACCAAACCGCCAGCGGGAAGAGGAGCCAGAAGAGUCAGAACCAGCAGCCCACUCGUUUGCCUCCUCGGAAGCUGAUGAGCAAGAAGUGUCGGAGGAAAACUUUGAAGAACGAAAAUACCCAGGGGAAGUUACUUUAACCAACUUCAAGCUUAAAUUCCUCUCCAAGGACAUCAAGAAAGAGCUGCUCACUUGCCCUACCCCAGGCUGUGACGGCAGCGGACACAUCACGGGAAACUAUGCCUCUCACCGCAGCCUUUCUGGUUGUCCUCUUGCUGACAAGAGCCUCAGAAACCUCAUGGCUGCCCACUCUGCUGACCUCAAGUGCCCUACUCCUGGCUGUGACGGCUCUGGUCACAUAACAGGAAAUUAUGCAUCGCAUAGAAGUCUGUCAGGCUGCCCUCGUGCCAAGAAAAGCGGGAUCAAGAUAACCCCGACAAAGGAUGAUAAAGAAGACCCGGAGCUGAUGAAGUGUCCAGUUCCUGGCUGUGUUGGGCUUGGACACAUCAGUGGCAAAUACGCCUCGCACCGGAGUGCGUCGGGGUGCCCCCUCGCAGCCCGCAGGCAGAAGGAAGGAUCCCUCAAUGGCUCCUCGUUUUCCUGGAAAUCGUUAAAAAACGAAGGCCCGACCUGCCCUACCCCUGGCUGCGACGGCUCCGGCCACGCCAACGGGAGCUUCCUCACUCACAGGAGUUUGUCAGGGUGCCCACGAGCUACUUUUGCUGGGAAGAAAGGAAAACUCUCAGGGGAUGAAAUUCUCAACACGAAGUUCAAGACCAGCGAUGUUCUGGAGAACGAUGAAGAGAUCAAGCAGCUGAACAAGGAGAUCAGCGAGCUGAACGAGUCCAACUCAGAGAUGGAAGCUGCCAUGGUGAAGCUGCAGUCGCAGAUCUCCACCAUGGAGAAGAACCUGAAGAACAUUGAGGAGGAAAACAAAAUCAUAGAGGAGCAAAACGAAGCCCUGUUCCUGGAGCUCUCAGGGUUGAGCCAGGCUCUAAUCCAAAGUCUUGCCAAUAUCCGCCUUCCGCACAUGGAGCCCAUUAGCGAGCAGAACUUCGAUGCGUACGUGAACACGCUGACCGAUAUGUACACCAACCAGGAGUGCUACCAGAACCCGGAGAACAAGGACCUGCUGGAGAGCAUCAAGCAAGCCGUCAAGGGCAUCCAGGUUUAG